AUGGCGAAUCCGAGGGGUUUCCAUCUCAUUUUCAUAUGUAUUCUUUUGGUUGCAACCACAUAUACUUGUUUGGGUGUCGGAAAUACUAAUGUUGUUUGCUCUAAGCAAGAACAACUUGCUCUUUUCAAAUUUAAACACAGUGUCAAAGAUUCUUAUGGAAUGUUGUCAUCAUGGGUUGGCAAUGAUUGUUGCAUUUGGGAAAGAAUCCAAUGUAAUGGUGUCACUGGAAAUGUCGAAAACCUUCAUCUUAGAGGAGACUGGGAGUACGUUUUUCAGCUUAAAAAGUUCUACUUAGUUGGAAAUGAGGUGAACUCUUCUUUGGCAGAGUUGAGACACUUAAAAUACUUGGACUUGAGUGGGAAUGAUUUUCAAGGAAGCCGGAUCCCUGAUUUCAUUGGAUCUUUCAAACAGCUGAGCUACCUCAAUCUCUCUUAUGCUGGUUUUCAAGGUAUUAUUCCUCCUCACAUUGGAAAUCUUUCUUAUUUAAAGGUUCUUGAUCUCAGUUCAAAUUAUAAGUUGAUGACAGAUGAUAUGUCAUGGACUUUUCGCCUUUUGUCACUCGAGCUUCUUGACUUGAGUUCAGUAGAUCUUCAUGGAGCACAAAACAGGGACAUGUUGUUUUACAUGAUUCCUUCAUUGAAAGAGUUACACUUGUCAUAUUGUGGACUUUCCAAUGUUGAUCUUGAUCCUUUUCUUAAUUCGAGUAGAAUCCUUCCUAACAUCAAACACCUCGAUCUUAGUAGAAAUUCUUUCCAAGGUCCACUCCCUGGAUUUUUUCAGAACUUUACUUCCCUAACGUUCCUUGAUCUCUCAUACAAUAAUCUCAGCAUGUCCCUGAACUUUGCCAACUUGCUAAACUUGAUCCCUUCUUUAUCAGAGCUGCAUUUGUCAAGUUGUGGACUCGAUAAUUCGUUUCUUUCUUCCUCCCAGCUUAAUUUCAGUACCCUUUCUAACACCCAACACUUGGAUUUGAGCAGAAACUCAUUUGAAGGCCUAUUUCCAUCUGUUUUAACAAACAUGAGUUCCCUCAAAGUCCUUGACCUCUCAAGAAACAUGUUGAGUUCCUCGGUUCCUGUUAUGCCUAACCUUCUAGAGCUUGAUCUUUCUUCUAACAAGUUUAAUCAAAUUGAGAAUGUUGGAAUUUGGAGACAAUGUCAUCUGAAGCAAUUGAGUGUGGCAUACAAUUAUUUUGAUGAAGCAAUGAUUGACUCACCAACAAACACAUCAGAAUGCUCCCAAUAUGCUUUGGAGAGAUUGGAUUUAAGUCUGAGUUUAAAUGGUAAAAUUCCAGAAACACUUGGAAGACUGACCAAUUUAAGAGGCUUACAUCUAAUGGGCAACAAUUUAACAGGUCCAAUCCCCGAAUUUCUAAGAAGAUUAAAACUUUUACAAGUAUUAGAUCUUUCUCAUAACCAGUUAACCGGUUCCAUUCCCACAUUCCUUGGGAAACUUUCCAAACUUGACCUUUCUUUUAAUCAACUGACUGGUUCAAUUCCAUACUCCUUUGGAAAAUUAGCAGCUUUAACAUAUUUAAAUCUAGAAUUCAAUCAGUUAACAGGCCCCAUCCCAACAUCUUUAGGGAGACUUGUUUCUUUACAAGAAAUUUCGGUGUCUUCAAAUAUGUUACAAGGGAGUAUUCCAGUUUCAAUCGGACAACUUUCCAAACUUCAUUCUCUAGAUUUAUCAAACAACUCUUUCGACGGAGUAAUUUUUGAAGCCAAUUUUGCUAAUCUUUCAAUGUUGAAGCACUUGGAUACUUCUUAUAACACUAAGUUGGUGUUCAAUGUUUCAAGGGAGUGGAUUCCUCCAUUCCAGUUGGUGAUUCUUCAAAUGCAUUCUUGCAAUAUUGCAAAUGGAUUUCCACAUUGGCUUCGAAAUCAAAGGAGACUUAAGGAGUUGGUGUUGUCUAAUGCUAACAUUUCCGGACCUCUACCCACAUGGUUGCAAAAGAUGCCCUUCAUUCCUUUCUUAGAUCUCUCUCACAACAAUCUCACGGGACCUUUGACAAAUCUUCUUAAUGGGAUAAGUUUUGAUAUGUUUGAAUAUGGAGUUACAGGGGCAUUAUAUCUGGAAAAUAACCUUUUCAAUGAGUCGAUUCCAUGGUCAUUGUGUAGAAGGACAGACUUGGAAUAUAUUGAUCUUUCCGAAAAUAGGCUAAUUGGGAACAUUCCAACGUGUCUUUGGAAUCUGAAAAAGUUGCAUGUCAUUAUAUUUAGCUCGAAUAACUUGUCAGGUGUCAUUCCAAGUUGUGUUGCUCUUGAUUUUUCACCAUUAGUUUGGUUACAAUUGGAUGACAAUAAUUUAACUGGCGAACUUCCUCAAGAAUUGGGUGAUUUUCGAGAUUUAAGGGUCUUGGAUUUGGGUGAUAACAAAUUCUAUGGAAAUAUACCCGAAUGGGUUGGGGAAAAGCUUACAUCUUUAUUAGUUUUCAGGUUACAUAAAAACAACUUCACCGGAAUUAUUCCUGGAUCUUUGUGCAGAAGUUCAAAUCUUCAGAUUUUGGAUGUUGCAUACAACAACUUAACAGGAACAAUUCCUCAUUGUCUAGGAGAAUUAAAUGCCAUGGUUCAUAGUGAUUUUUUGCAUCGUAUCGCUCCAGAUUCUAAUGAGAAUGUGAUUCAGUCCAUAAAAGGUGAUGAUCUUACAUAUGUAUGGAUUUGGGAUUUCCUUUUCAACAUGGACCUUUCAAGCAAUCAACUUGUUGGACAAAUACCUGUGGAGCUAACUGCGCUUUCUAUGUUGCAUGGUCUCAAUCUGUCUAAUAAUCAUCUCAGAGGGAGUAUUCCAGACAACAUGGGAAACAUGAGGAAUUUAGUAUCUCUCGAUUUCUCAAAAAACAAGUUGACUGGGGUGAUCCCUUCAAGCAUGGCAGAAUUGACUUUUUUGAGCCAUCUGAAUUUGUCAAACAACAACUUGUCUGGACGAAUUCCAUCAGGAACUCAACUGGAGAGCCUUAAUGAUCCUUCAAUAUAUGCUGGGAACAAAGGUCUAUGUGGACAUCCCUUGCCAAAGAUUUGCACAAACCAUCAAGUCCCAAGUAUUAUGCCCAAAAAGAAACACAAAGCAGCUGAUAAGAUGUUGAAGGUAUGGUUUUACCUGGACAUAAUGUGUGGUUUUGUGACAGGGUUUUGUGGUGUUAUUGGAGUUUUGUUGUUCAAGAAGCACUGGAGAAAGAAGCUUUUCAUGUUUGCUGAAGAAACCAUGGAAAGAAUAUAUGUUGCAAUUACAGUUGGCCAUGAAGAAGAAAAGAUGGGAAGCGGCAUAGAUCCCUGGGAAUGGAUGUAA